AUGCCUUCUAAGAGUCGGGGUGAAAGUUCAUCGAAUCUUGAGAAAUCCAGUGAUCAUUCGCCAAACGAAGAUUCAAAUGGAUAUUUGGACAAGAAAAGUGGGAUGGGCUGGGUGGUAACUGGGCUAUUUGUGGCCGGGGAACUCGCCGGUGCUGGGAUGAUUGCACUACCAUUGUCUGUCAGAGCUCUCGGUAAGUUUUGAGGAUUAGUAUUCAACGUAUUUUAGGUUUCUAUUUCGGUAACGCUUUCCUCCUUCUUUCUGGUUGUAUGGCUGCUUACACUUCCAUAAUUUUGGGUCGAUCCUGGCUGAUUGUUCAGAAACAUUGGCCAGAGUAUCGUCAUCAUUGUCGAGAUCCCUACGCUCAGAUUGGCUUCCGGUCUUAUGGGGUGUGGAUGAAGUAAUUUUAGUGCCUCCAGGGCUGUAAAUAAUUUAAUUUUCUAUUCCAGACGUCUAGUUGAGAUCAGUGUUAACCUUGGGAUGUUCGGGAUGGCCGUGAUUUUUGUGGUGGUGAGCUCGAAAAAUGUGAAUGAUGCUGUCAAACAAUUCGCUGCUCUCAAGUUGGAUUAUUGCUUUGCGGCGGUCAUCAUAACUAUGAUCAUCACUCCAUUCACAAUGCUGAAAUCACCCAAGGACUUCUGGUAAGGAAUUGGCAGCUUGAUUUUUUGCAAUUGGAGUAUAAAUUUGUCACGGAACAUCUAAAAAUUUUUAUUGUUUAUGUUGUUCUAGGUGGGCAAUGAUGCUGAGUAUUGGUUGUACAAUCGCUGCGGUUAUUUUGGCAUUUUGCGGGGCCACCAGCGACUUGAGAACAUGCGAUGACACCUUGACUGUGCCACACUUUGAAUACACGGCAGCAUUUACAAGUCUGGGAAAUGUAAUGCUGGCUUAUGGAGGGCACGCUUGUUUCCCAACCAUUCAAAACGAUAUGAGACAGCCACAGAAGUUCGGGCUCGCCUCUAUUUUGGCUUAUUUUAGUGAGUUUUUCCGUAUUUUUUUUUAUUUUUAAUGAAAUUAAUGAAUGGAAUAUUUUUUUUACAGUAAUCACAAUGUUAUACUCUCCAAUUUCUUUGGUCGCAAAUUUGGCAUACAAUGCCAAUUUGGCUCCUUCCGUGAUAAAUAAUCUUCAAAUUGAGUGGAUUCAGGAGUCGGUCAACAUCUUGAUUACUGUCCAUUGCAUUACCACUGUAAUUUUGGUGAUGAAUCCGGUCAUGCAAACUGUGGAGGAGAUCAUGGGAGCUCCGGAUGGUAAAUUUGUUCAAAAAAAGUUUGUAAGGAAGAAUGAGCUCGAAAAAAAUUUGCACCGUGCAUCCGGCCCAAAAAGGCGCUUGCACAGUGCAUUUUUGCUUUGUUUUGGUUUGCGUCGCGCGCGAUUUCCAUUUUUCGCAGCGACAAAUCAAUUUUUCGGGGUGCGACAGAUUUUUGGGGGCGCCAAAAAUUCUCAGGACUUUUUCGCCGCCUGUUCAGCGAUAUUUGCAGACGAGAGAGUAGGCUAAAUGCGGAGAGUGACCAGACAAAAAUAUUUUUGGAUUAUAUCUCUGCCAGUUUUGUGUGGCAAUGAAUUAUCUCCUGUAGAAAUGGAACUGGAGCUUUUUAUGACAGGACUGGAAAAAAUUGUCGAAUUGUGGUCAUCGUUCGUCCUAAAAAUCUCGGUUGUUUCUGCAAAGCGCUCGUUAAAAAUCCAGAAUUUACGUUUGAAAAACAUAGACUAAAUUUACGUGAAAUUUCAUUAAAAUUUGAGCUUGACACUUUAAAAAAAUCAAUUUCAAUGAUAACUGCGUUUUGUAGACUUCGGCUUCCAUCGAAUUGUAAUCCGCAGUGGGAUGAUGCUCCUGCUCCUCAUCGUUGUCGAAACUUUCCCUGAGUUUGCUCCAUUGAUGGGUCUGGUCGGUGGAUUUGCCUUCAGCACCACUUCGUUCCUUUUUCCAGUCCUAUUUUAUCUUCAAUUGAAUGUUUUGGAUCAAAAGAUGGUCCGAAUUGAGAACAUUCGAGCCAGAGAAGAGGAAUCGGAAAGCAGCAGCGGGAAAACAAUGGUAAUAUGCAAGUUUGGGCUUGUGGAGAGCCUCAGCAUGACGAGCUGGCCACAUCUUAUUGCUAUCGGCGGGAUAUUUGGUAAUCAAUUUUGAGAUUUUUUGGCAAAAUUGCAGUAAAAAUCAUAUUAUUUAAAAAAAAAAUUUUGCUUUUUUUGAUGACAUUUCCUUUUUCAGUGAUCUCUUUCUUCAUUAUGAUUGUCGCCACACUUUUUGCGAUCAACGAUUUGGCCACGGCGUCCUUCAAAAUGCCCUGUUAUUUACGAUGGAUCAAAGAUUGGGAGGAUGAAGGGGAUGUGGUCGAUGUGACCCCUGUUUAUUGUUGUGGAAAGUUUUCGAAUAUCACUUUGGAACCUCAAUGCAUCAAAAAGAAUUUUUAUUGA